CAUAAAGUAUUUGCUCUCUGAUUCCACAUAAAGAACUUCAGCUUUCUCAGGAAACCUAGAGCUCUUUGGAAGCCAAGCAUUCCACAAUGAAGAGCUUUCUGGCUUUCCUUGUUGCAGUGGGCACCAUGGUGACCCUGGCUGAUGCAUACUGCUAUGUGGUGCUUCAGGGUCCAGGGAGGCCCUACAGAGGCUGUGUGAGGAAUGGAAAACUGUAUCCCUUUGGACACAUUGAGAGGACAGAAGAUUGCUACAAAUGCUAUUGCUGGCAAGGUGCAAUGCAAUGCUGCCCCCUCAUUCAUAUUAUCAUCUCUUAUGACAAAGAGAAUUGUAAAGUUCUUUUCAACAAGAAGCGCUGUCGCAAUGAUGUGGUGCUGAAGGAUGACCCCACACAGCGAUGCUCCUCUCCCCAUUCUUCUGUGGGCUAA